CUUGCAACACAACAUUGUUAGCUCCUACGAUCUGCCUUUACUUCAACCUUGCCUCAUAGCUCCGCUGGCUCCUACAACGCUGCUUCUCACUUCUUCAUCUGUGUGUUCAUCCAUUGCUUAUUAACGGAUUGUUUCUACCUGCGAUCCAGAAGCACUUUGAUUGUUCGUCUAUCAUUUAUUCAGGUUUUUCAUCUAUCAUCACGUCCAGAAGCAAUUCUUGUGCCCGUCUCUCAUUUUAUUCGGGCCAUUCCACACCCAAAAAACCCAAAAAAAGAAGGGGAAAUUGUUUCAUAGUUUUUGCUCCUAUUUAUCAUUGUAAACUUGUUCAUCUCCAUACACACCUACUCUCUUCAGCCUAGUCACCCUCACCUUAGACAAGGAGAAGUCUGCCUUUAAGGUUCUUCUACUUGUUUCCCAUAAUUUAUCUUUCCACACCCAAGAUCUGUGCAUCCACAAAACAAACAAAACUCCCUUCCCUAGGUAUAUACACCCAAAAAGCAAACGCUGCAAUCCGAUGGAAGUGGCUUUAGCUAGCGCUGCCUUAAGCGUUAGCUUAAAAUUGGCCGCGUCACCACUCUUGAAGAAGCUCCUUGCUAAUGCUUCAACAUGCCUUGGAGUGGACAUGGCACACGAGCUCCGUGAACUAGAGACCACUAUCUUUCCACAACUCAAGCUGUUGACUGAAGCAGCAGACAAGGGAAACCACAGGCUGAAUUUGGACAAAUGGCUUCAGGAACUCAAAGAAGCACUCUACCUGGCCGAAGACUUGCUGGACGAGAGUGAUUACAACCUCCUCAAGCGCCAAGCAAGGGGGAAGGAUUCCUUGCAAGCCAAUGCCUCCUCCAUCAGCAACACUCUAAUGAAGCCUUUGCGUGCUGCAUCAAGCAGGCUGUCCAAUCUGAGCUCCGAGAACAGAAAGUUAAUUCGUCAUCUUAAGGAAUUGAAGGCUACCCUAGCGAAAGCCAAGGACUUCCAUCAACUCCUGUGUUUACCUGGUAGUUAUAAUGCAGAGAGCCCUGCCAUACCAUCAGCUCAUGUUCCUGAGACCACAUCAGCACCACCUUUCAAAGUGAUUGGUCGUGAUAAUGAUCGCGAUCAUAUAAUACAUCUUCUUACCAAAACAUCUGCUACUACUGAGUCUAGUACAACAAUGUACUCAGGUUUGGCCAUUGUUGGGGCUGGAGGGAUGGGAAAGUCCACCUUGGCACAGCUUGUCUAUAAUGAUGAGAGGGUAAAAGGAUGUUUUGAUGUGAGAAUGUGGGUAAGCAUCUCACGCAAACUUGAUGUCCGCCGUCAUACACGGGAGAUCAUCGAGUCUGCCUCUAAGGGGGAAUGCCCACACAUUAAUAACCUUGAUACCCUGCAGUGCAAGUUGACAGAGAUACUCCAGGCAUCAAGAAAAUUCCUGCUUGUGUUGGAUGACGUUUGGUUUGAACCUGGCAGUGAGAAGGAAUGGGACCUACUGUUGGCUCCUCUUGUUUCCCAACAGACCGGAAGCAUAGUUUUGGUAACUUCUCGACGGGAUAGAUUUCCAGCUGCUCUCUGCUGUGAAGUGUGUCCUCUGGAAAACAUGGAAGAUACUCACUUCUUGGCACUCUUCAAGCAUCACGCAUUCGCUGGACAAGAAAUCAGAAAUCCACUACCAUGUGAAAGGCUCGAAGAUUUUGCAGAGAAGAUUGCUAAAAGGCUUGGACAAUCUCCUUUGGCAGCAAAAGCUGUGGGUUCCCAGUUGAAAGGGGAAACAGAUAUAUAUGCAUGGAAGGAUGCUCUUAAUAUAAAGAUUGACAACUUAACUGAUCCGAUGAGUGCUCUGUUGUGGAGUUAUGAGAAGUUAGAUCCACGUCUGCAGAAGUGCUUCCUAUAUUGCGGCUUGUUUCCAAAAGGCCACAAGUAUUUAAUUGAUGAGUUAGUUCAUCUUUGGAUGGCAGAGGGUCUCAUUGAUUCGUGCAACCAAAACAAGAGAGUGGAAGAUAUUGGGAGGGACUGCUUCAAGGAGAUGAUCUCUGUUUCAUUCUUUCAACCAGUUAAUAAGAAAUACUAUGCUAUGCAUGAUCUCCUUCAUGAUCUGGCAGAAUUACUCAGCAAAGGGGUCUACUUCAGAUUGGAAGAUGAUAAGGUGACAGAAAUACCAUCCACUGUUAGACAUAUCUCUGUUCGUGUUCAUAGUAUGACGCAACACAAGCAAAGUAUCUGCAACCUAAAUCAUUUACGCACUAUGAUCUGCAUAGACCCUCUAAUGGAUGAUGUAAGUGACCUUUUUAGUCAGAUACUACAGAAUUUGAAGAAAUUGCGUGUACUACAUUUGUCAUCUUAUGGCAGUAGUAAGUUGCCAGAAUCUGUUGGUGAGUUGAAGCACCUUCGGUAUCUGAACAUCAUCAGAACACUGAUUUCUGAAUUGCCAAGAUCAUUGUGUACUCUUUACCACUUGCAGUUACUUCUGGUAAAUGAUAAAGUUGAGAGUUUGCCUGGUAAACUCUGCAACUUAAGGAAGUUACGACAUCUUGACUGGUAUGAUUAUGGAACAUAUGAUUCAAACAGAAAAGCAGCGCCUCAAAUUCCUAACAUUGGCAAGCUAACUUCGCUUCAACAAGUUAAGAAAUUUUCUUUGCAAAAGAAAAUGGGAUAUGAAUUGCAACAGCUGAGGGAUCUGAACGAGAUCCGUGGCAGUUUAAGUGUCACAAAUCUUGAGAAUGUCACUGGGAAAGAUCAAGCCUUAGAAUCGAAGCUGCAUCAGAAAAGUCAUCUUGGCAGCUUGCGACUUGAAUGGUGUUGCCAGAAUAACACCAAUGCAGAGGAUAGUUUGCAUUUGGAGAUUCUAGAAGGCCUGAUGCCACCGCGUCAACUUGGGAGCCUUACAAUUGACGGUUACAAGUCUUCACAAUAUCCAAGCUGGUUACUUAACGGUUCUUAUUUUGAGAAUUUGGUAUCUUUAAGGUUUGCUAACUGUAGCGCAUUACAAAGCCUACCAUCCAAUACUGGGCUAUUUGGGAAUUGUUCUUCGCUUUCACUCGUCAAUGUGCCAAACCUGAAGGCAUUACCUUGUCUUCCACUAGGGCUUACAUAUUUAUGUCUGAGUAAUUGCCCACUGCUUAUAUUUACUUCCAACGAUGUGCUGGAAAAUAGUGACCAGAGAGAGAUCAUGAGGAUAGACCACUUGGCAUCACAGCUUGGUUUAAUUUGGGGGUUGGAUGCAGGAUCAGAUAUCAAGAGGGUACUCUCACGGGAACAUUCAUUUAUGAACCAGCUGAUGAUAUUUAUGCAUGCUGAUGUGUCAAAUGUUCAACACCUUGUAAGUGCUCUAAAAGGAGAGCAAGAUGAAAUAUUGGCAAAAGAGGAUAUCAUCAAGGCAUGGAUAUACUGUCACGAGCAGAGGAUGUGCCUCAUGUAUGGAAGGAGCAUUGUGCUGCCGCUGGUUUCACCAUCAGGACUUCGUAAUCUUUAUCUCUUCUCUUGCAGUAUUACAAAUGGAGCUUUAGCUGUAUGCCUUGAUGGCCUGGCUUCACUGGAAAGUUUGGACUUAAAUGAGAUCAUGACUUUAACUACACUUCCUUCGGAAGAGGUUCUCCAACAUUUGACAAAUCUUGGCCGUUUGUUCAUUGUAUAUUGCUGGUCUCUCAGGUCAUUAGGGGGCUUACGAGCUGCUACCUCUCUUUCACAUGUUCACUUGACUUCCUGCCCUUCUUUAGAGUUGGCAAGUGGAGCCAAAUGUUUGCCAUUAUCCAUUGAGAAGCUCUCUAUAUCCAGUUGUGUGCUUGCAGCUGACUUCCUCUCUACUGACUGGCCACACAUAAAUGAUAUUAGCAUAUACGAUUGCAGAAGCACCGCAUGCUUGUCUGUUGGUAGUCUCACCUCUGUUAAAUCAUUGGUACUGUAUAACUUGCCAGAUUUAUGUACACUUGAAGGAUUGUCUUCCCUGCAACUUCACAGUGUACAUUUGUUUGAUGUUCCGAAGCUCACCCCUGAGUGUAUCUCACAGUUUCAAGUCCAGUACUCACUCUUUGUUAGCAGUCCUGUAAUACUCAACAACAUGCUCUCGGCUGAAGGUUUCUCAGUUCCAGCAUUUCUCUCUCUUGAAGGAUGCAAGGAACCAAUUGUUUCAUUGGAAGAAUGCAAAAAUUUCGCAGCAGUCAAGACCCUAAGAUUCUGUAAUUGUCAAAUGAUUUCCCUGCCAACAAAUCUGAAGUGCUUCUCCAAUCUGAAGAAGCUUGACAUCUAUGAUUGCCCCAACAUAUCAUCUUUACCAGACUUGCCAUCCUCCCUCCAGCACAUAUGUAUAUGGGGUUGUGAGCUAUUGAAGGAGAGCUGCCGAGCACCUGAGGGAGAAAGUUGGCCAAAGAUCGCGCAUAUCCGCUGGAAGGAAUUUAUAGUGUGAUCUAGAUUCCCAGCUACAAAUAAACGGAAAGCAGGCCCUCCAGCAAGCUGUUACGAGGUGGAGUGCUUCAGCCUGGCUCAUCCUGCAGCCCAAACUGUCUUCUACUUCACGGGCCGGUGUUAAUCCCCUCGGUCUGUCUGUCGCCUGCUUUACUGAUUGCUUCACGCAUUGCCUUCUUGCACUCCACCACUGUCACUGACGAUGUUUUUUGUAAUCGUGAUGUUGGUUAUCUUAUCUUCUUAUUCAUGCUAUUAUCAUCCAUUGACUGAACAAUUCAUAGUCUAAUUUGCACGUUAUUCCAUCACUUAGUGCUGUCCUGUUUUGCUAUUAUCUCCUGUAAUCUUUAUGUCUUGUGUGAUCUUACGUACCAUGUAAUAACUGGAGGUAUCUUUUAUCAUUCACACCCGUAAUGAGAUAUUUGGCGUACUGCAGUACUGCUUCAGAGUUCAGACCAUUUUCCUUGCAUGAUGGUCUAGAAAGCCUGCUCCCUCUGACCUUGGGGGCAUGCUAGCUGGUCUUUCUGGUUGCUCAUUUCCUGCUGUUUGAGAUCUACAGGCAUUAUCAUUAUGUACAGAUUUCUCUGUUGAACUACGUACUGAUCUAUUAUAUCCAUGC